AUGGUUGGGAUGGCCGGCGCCUGGGGUGUGCUCGCGGCGGCGCUGCUGCUCUUUCUGGCGCCGACGGGCAGCGGCUCGCCAUCGAUCCCAGCGGGUGCGGGACGGCGCCCGGAGGGGGGCUUUCAAUACAGGCGCCUGCGGCAAGAUUUGCAGGCGUCACAGGGAACCACUGGCGAGGAUGCCAAUGCGGAUACGGGGCCGAUGGCGGGGCUGGGGCACGCUGCUCCCAGCGGCAUCGAGUACGUGGUGUCUGUCGAGAGGCCAUGUUACCCAGGUCAGCACUUGUGCAGCGGGGCGCUGAUCGACCCGAUGUGGGUGCUCACCGCAGCGAGCUGCCUCCACAACCGCCAGGAGCACCUCGACGACCACUUUGGCAGCGUCCCCUUGGCCGUGCGCGCCGUGGACCCGAGAACAGCCGCACAGGAGGUGGUGCCAGUCCAUGAGCAGAUUUUCCGCCCAGAUUGGAAUGGGAAGCGGGCGGAUGGGAAUGACAUUGCACUGCUGAAGCUUGAAAGCCCCUUGGGGAGCGCAUUCCGUUCCAUCCCUGUGGCAGAUGAGGGGAUCGAUGUGCUUGGUGGCCCGCUGCUGGAGAUUUUGAAAUACUCUGGGCAAGGUGUUGAACGUGUGCCAGACGUGGGCAUUGUGCCUAAUGAAGGGUGUAAUCGGCUGAGGCAGGAAAAGCAAUUGAGCCCAGUAACCGAAGACAUGACUUGCAGCUAUGCCUUUGGGCUAAACACCACUGCAGGUCUGAAUGGCGGCCUACUGGUCUUCAUGAAUGUUUCCAACACUACCCAAUCGAAUGAGGAGGGCCCAAGGCCUGGAUCCUUGAUGGGCGUAGCAUCAUUUGACAGGAGCAACCGCCUGCGCAGCAGGGAUCUGCCAAUUGUGUUCGCAAAUGUGGCACAUUUCAGCAAAUGGAUUCACAGUGAAAUGGCCAAUGGAUCAGCCACUGAACCCUCAGCAGGAUCACUAGAGGCAGAUGACAUGGCAAGAAAUUCCUCUGCUGCUUGUUCUUCACAGGACAUACCGGGAAGUGGAGAGGCCUCACCUGGUCGGUUUCCCUACGUAGUGUCUCUGAGAAACAAUGUGUCAAGGCUACAUUUCUGUGUCGGAACACUUGUGGAUCCCCUGUGGGUUCUGAUGCCAGCGCACUGCUUGGACGGCAACAACACGGGCCAAACUCCGCUGGCCUUUGUUGGGGCAAGAAAUACAAUGGAUGAAAGUGGCGAGGAGCGAAUUGCCAGCAGAAUCGUGGUGCACCCAUCCUGGGUGCCGGCAACCAGAAGUGGGCCAGAUGUGGCAAUGGUAAGGCUGGAGAAACCAGUGGACAAUGUUUCCAUCCCCAGGCUGGCCGAUUCAACUGUAGUGCUCCCGCCCCUGCUAUCUGUGGUGGGUUGGCCAGGGGAGAACAGCACAUCCAUGGUGGCAGGGAGCCUGCAUUAUGCCGAUGUUAUACCUGUGUCAAAGGAGGUGUGUGCGGAAUUCUAUGCUGAAGACAGGCUGGGUUCGGUGGUGUGUGCGGUUGGCGUGAAGCUGGAUGUAUGUGAAGGCUACUCUGGUGGUCCUCUGCUGCUGCCCAGCGCCCCCCAUGACGCUGUUAUUGAUGGACAGCCAAAAGAUGACGAAGUUGUGGGCAUAGUGUCAUUUGGUCCAGACCCCUGCACUGAGGCCCAAGUGCCCAUCGUGUUCACGAACAUCGGUGAAGGUGAUGUCCUUGCUUGGAUUGACAGCAGGCUCAAAGCAGCAGAUCACCCGACUCUCUCACCUGAUGAGCAGAACCCCCUGGAUGAGGAACUGCUCCUCCUUGCAAGGAGCAAAGAAAAUUCAACAACACAGAGCAUGGUAGACAGCCUGCUCAACAAUGGUGCAGAUCCUAAUGCAGGGAAUGCAGAUGGUGUCAAGAUUCUGCAUGAGGCUGCAGCCUCUGACAACCUCAUUGUCGCAGAGGCCGUAUUGGCUGCAGGGGCGUUGGUUGAUGUGUGGACGAUACACACAAGGGAAGGUGCGCUACACAUAGCAGCUAAUAAGAACUCAACAAGGGUGGCCAGAGCGCUGAUUAAUGCUGGAGCAGCUGUCAACUUGCUGACCCAAGAUGGCAAAACCCCCCUGCAUUUCGCCACUGAAAAAGGUCAUUCGCUGAUGACUGAUCUGCUGCUGGUUGGGGGGGCAGAUUGGGCUGUGCGCACUGUUAUACGUGCCCAGACUGCAUUGCACCUUGCUGCAAAUAGAAAUGCUCCCAUUGUGGCCCUGCUCCUGAUCAGGGCAGGAGCAGACGUCAAUGCCCUGAAUGACGAGUGGCAGACACCUCUGCACAUCGCGGCUGUGAAUGGACAGAUUGGUGUCGCGGCUGUUUUGAUGAUGGCUGGUGCCAAUCAGUCUGCUGUGGAUAAGUACGGUAGCAUGCCCAAGGACAUUAUAUGUGAUGAUGACUUCGCCCCUGAGAUGUGCAAGGAUGAAGAUCGCAGAAGGCUGAUGGAGCUGCUCAUUCCAGUUGAGCCCCCCAAGGCAGAAGAUGAUGAAGAGGCUUUGCUGCAGCUGGCUGGCACCCCAGCCUCAAAUUCGUCUGCACAGGGCGCCAAUGCGCUCCUUGACAAAGGAGUAAACGCCAAUGCCUGCUGCAACACAUUCAACGGCACAGCUCUGCAUGAAGCCGCUCGUUCCAACAACGCCCCCGUUGCCCAGGCACUGAUAGCUGCUGGUGCAGAUAUCGAUGCGAUGGAUGCCCCAUUCCAAAACACCCCACUGCACGACUGUGCACGCUGGAACUCGUCUGAAGUGCUGGAGGCUCUGAUCAAAGCCGGUGCAGGUUUGAAUGCUGCGAAUGUUCUGGGAGAGACGCCCUUGCAUGUGGCAGCAAUGUGGGGGAGCACAGAGGUGGCCGAUCUGCUGAUCGCCAACAAGGCCCUUGUCAAUGUGAGCGACAGCACGGGUGAGCAUCCACUGCACAGUGCGGCACAUGGCAAUUCCAGGGGCGUUGCUGCACUGCUCAUCGAGGGAGGAGCGAAGCUCAAUGCACAGAAUUUCCAUGGUGACACGCCUCUGCACCUUGCUGCGGCAUAUGGGAGGCUGGGGUUGGCACAAAUGCUAAUGGAGUCUGGUGCCAACGCCUCGCUGGAGAACUUCAAUGGUUUGACACCCUUUGAUGUUGCUUGUCAAAGAGAGCGUGAACUAUGCAAUGGAAACCAAGAUGUGGAACCAGCACUGAAAACGUUACUGGACCAGGCCGAGGAUGAGGGGCCCACACCCCCAAGCUACUCGUAUGUUGCUGCCAUCAGGAAUGGCUCAGGGGCCCAUCAAUGCACUGGCAUUCUGGUGAAGGAGAAUUGGGUCUUGACCUCAGCAUCAUGUGGGGAAUUGGGAGCCCCUGACGGACAGUUGGGUGACUUCUUUGGAGCAAGCGUGUUCCUUGGAGUUGGAAGCAAUAUUGAUAAUGGAACCGAGGUGAUGGCACCCCUGAGCAUCAAAUGGCAGAACAAAAGUGGUGACACCCCUGCUUUGGCACUGAUCGAGCUGCCGACCCCUUCAAACCAUGACCCCGUUCAGCUGGCGACCCGGCUGGGCCCAGGAGGGGAUUUGAUUCAAGAUCUUGCGUUGGCGUCAGGCUUGGGAUUGACAGCUCAGAGCGGAGGGGAUCUUCCGCAGGCCGCCCAAUUGGCAUUCUGGCCAAAUGCGAACUGCAAUGCAAGCUGGCCGUGGAAUGUGGAACCAAACAUGUGGUGUGCAUAUGGCUUGGCGAAGGAGUGCAGCAAUGUUUCAGAUAUCGGAACCCCCCUCAUCACAGCAACUGACAGUACUAAGCCGCCCACACAGCCUGUUCUGCUGGGAAUGAUGUUGGAAGGCGAGCUGUGCCUCAAGAAUAUGUCAAGGCCUGCUGUGUUUGCAAACGUGACGGCAGAAGAGACUGCUUGCUGGAUAAGCGAAACCAUACAGGAUUUGCUGCCUGACUUCUGCAUCUUCAGGACGGCAUCGAGCAAUGCCACCACUCUGAAGUCAGAAGGCAUCGCAGCCAUCAUUGCCUCUUUGGUGAUAGUCACAGCCAGCAUCCUUGUGCUUGUGUUGUACUGGACCAAGCGUGGUAGAAAAGGGAAUGGCCCACAGGACUCAAAGGAUAAGAAGUUGAUUGAACCCGGGCGUGAGUACUCCCCCACGAGUUCGGGACAGCUGAAUGAUGACAUCUUCAAUGGCAGCCCCUGGGACAACAUGCGCCCCAUCCAGAAUGUCUCCCCAUGGGAUACUGGCUCAGGCAUUGGUGCCAACUUGUGGUCAUCCAGCCCUGGCACUAUCAAGACACUGCCAGACGACCUGGAAGUGGAGCUGCUUGGCAAGGACGUGGGGAAGGGAGCAUUCUCAAGGGUGGAGGAAGGCCUCCUCAGGGACGCCAACGGGAUGCAAGUCAAGGUCGUGGUCAAACGGCUGGGCGAGUGGUGCUUCGACGCAGUUGACCGGGCUGUUAGCGCCUUAAGAAACGAGCUGGAAGUACUGGAGAGGGUGUCUUCUCACCCCAACAUUAUCAAAUGCUAUGGGGGCAACCUGCAGUAUGCAGAGCCCCUGCAGGAGGGCGUGCCGGACGUGUACAUAGUGGAGGAGCUGAUGGACUCCAACCUCAGCACACUGAUUCAUGGGAAUGGAGGCAGCGUGAAUGGCUCCAGUCGCAAGGGCCCCGAUCUGGUGUUCUCCCACCUUCUGAAGAUCUUUAGUGGGAUCGUGGCAGGCCUGGAGCAUUUGCAUGACAACAAUGUUGUGCACUAUGACCUGAAGCCAGCAAAUGUGCUAUUGGACAGGGAGCACAACGUCAAGCUAGCAGACUUCGGAUGCUCCAAGAUAAAGGUGCAGUCCUACGUGACCGCAGGCUUCGCUGGGACCAUGAUGUACAUGGCGCCAGAGUGCUGGUUCUCCAAAUUCGUUCCCAACCUGCAUGUGCGUUUUCAGAACAUCGACAUCUACUCCCUUGGGGUGGUCAUGUGGGAGUGCAUCACAGGCAACCGGCCGGACUCCACCUCCAUGUCCUUCCCCAUGGAGGAUGCUGGGGUUGAAGGCCGCAUGGACAGUUUGGGGUCCCAGGCGGGGCACAUGAACGAGAUGCACGUAAGGAGCAGGUUUCCGAUGAGCGACGAGCUGCCCAGGGAGCUGUGUGAGCUGGUUUGGAGCUGCCUGGCGUUUGAGAACCACAGGCGGCCAGACUGCACAGAAAUUCGGGACAGGCUAGAGGAGUUCAUGUCGGCAGAGUGGGUGAAUUCAUUCCCUUCCCACAGGUAA